AUGCUCUUCAAUCUGUUGUCACUCGUGUUUCUCAAGCUUCUACCAUGCGGCAUCGUGGCCGAACCCUUGGGGGUUACAAAACCUUUCACCAGGAAUUUGAAUCUACCGCUGCUCAACCCUUCGAAAGUCUACAACGCAACACUGGUUUCGAACAUCUCUGACGUCUCGGCUCUGGCCACACUACUUCCCUAUGGCUUCUCCGUGCCUAACAGUCAAAUGUACCUCCGCCUAGGCUUUGGUCUCCCCCGCCACCGCCUCGACCCAAUGAGCAUGGGCGGCCUCAUCGCCGUAAUUCAGCACGCCAUUGAUGAAGGCAUUCUCAGGGACGGCGAAGAAGCUUUCCCCGGUCUCGACAUAAUUGCUGGCAGACAGAGAUUCGGAUGGACGCUGGGCGACGGCUUCUAUUUCGUGGUUAGUAAUGUCGAGCAUACAGGGAUGUAUUUCAAUUGGGGCAAAUUGAAAGAUGUCGUUGAGGGGUUGAGGUUAUUCCUGAUCGUUGGCGAAAGGUACUACGCAACGGCGUUCAACUUUUGGGAUGGGCCUGGCUGGUGGUGGCGGAUGCAGUUGGGGAGUGGGGGUUUUGAAAUAGAUUCAUGA